GCGCCGGACGGGGCGCACGGGCGGCGGGCGAAGGGUCGCCUUCUUCUUCCUCUUCUUCCUCCUGCUGCCUUCGCCCAUGGGCGCGGCGCAGGGCAUGAGGAGGCGUCGGCGGCGGGAAUCCCCGCAGCGCGGCGGCGGCGGCUGCCUGCUCCGGGGGGCCGUUCGGCGCUGCCCCGCGGCGGGGGGGCUCUGACCCGCCGCCUCGGCGGCGCCAUGCGGGGCUGGCGGCUGCUGGAACCGUUGGGCUGGUUGUUGUUGCUGCUGCUGCUGCUGCUGCUGCUGGCGGCGAGGGCGGCGGGCAGCGGGGAGUACUGCCACGGCUGGCUGGACGGGCAGGGAGGCUGGCGGGACGGUUUCCAGUGCCCCGAGCGCUUCGACGGCGGCGACGCCACCAUCUGCUGCGGCAGCUGCGCCCUCCGGUACUGCUGCUCCAGCCCCGAGGCGCGGCUGGACCAGGGAGCCUGCGACAACGACCGGCGGCAGGGCGGCGGCGAGGCGGGGAGGCCCGGCAAGGACGGCCCCGACGGGGCGGCAGUGCCCAUCUAUGUGCCGUUCCUUAUCGUUGGAUCUGUAUUUGUCGCCUUCAUCAUCUUGGGGUCGCUGGUGGCGGCUUGCUGCUGCAGAUGCCUGCGGCCCAAGCAGGAGCCCCAGCAGAGCCGGGCCCCGGGGGGCACCCGCCUGAUGGAGACUAUCCCCAUGAUCCCAAGUGCCAGCACCUCCCGGGGCUCCUCCUCCCGCCAGUCGAGCACCGCCACCAGCUCCAGCUCCAGCGCCAACUCGGGGGCCAGAGCCCCCCCGACCAGGUCCCAGACCAACUGCUGUUUGCCAGAAGGGACCAUGAAUAACGUCUAUGUCAACAUGCCGACGAACUUCUCAGUGCUGAACUGCCAGCAGGCCACCCAGAUUGUGCCCCACCAGGGGCAGUACCUGCACCCCCAGUACGUGGGCUACGCCGUGCAGCAUGACUCGAUGCCGCUCACCCCGGUACCCCCCUUCCUCGACGGUUUGCAGAGCGGCUACAGGCAGAUCCAGUCUCCCUACCCGCACACCAGCAGCGAACAGAAGAUGUACCCAGCUGUGACGGUGUAGUGCUGACGCCUUCCUCCCCCUCCCCACCCAACAGAUUUUAAUACCUAAACUGAACGGAGGAGAAAUACUUCCUCGGAACGAAGCUCCCAGAACAUCACUUGUAAAUAAAUUUUGAAAGGCUCAUGCAUGUCAGACAGUGUUUAUAAACCAUUUAUUUUCAUCGGGGUCCGUUGCCAGAAACUGUAGGAUGAUAUCUCUGAAUUAACGUUGCCAGAUACGCUCUCAUUCCAGUGCAUGAUUUACAGCGGCGAAGGAUUACGCUGAAAAUGCAUAUGCAUUUCAGAUCACUGUACUUGCGAGAUAAAUGCCGGAGCCAUUAAGUGCCCUUCAGGUAUGACAUGGUCAGAAGUAUUUGCCUAAUUAAUUCAUAGAAAGAGUUUUGUUACACUGUACAAGACCGCAGUACUUAAGAAACCUCUUUUCUCCUCUACUAGCUCCUUAAUGGUAUUUCCCGUUGCUUUACAGACAAUCACCACCGAGAGCUGAACAGUGCAAUCCCUGCGUGCCGGGUGCUGGUACCAGCCCCCGUGGUUUCUUACGCACCCCCGGUUCGGGGUGAAAUGCCACGAAAGGCUGGGUCUUGCAAAGACCAAUUUUCCUUGUCCCGGGUAUUUAUGUAGGAAUUAGAAGAGUGUGAGUUAUUCGGCUCUUCCUUCCAGUGCACUUGAAACCCUUCUUGACUUGGUUUGGCCUAAAGAUCAGGACCCAGUAGUGGUUUGCACAGACUUUGUUUACCUUUGUGAACUUUUUGCUAAAAACAGGGUACGAGGUGCUUGCUCUUCCUGACGCUCAGCAAAGCUUUUGGUACAGCCAGCAGCGUCGGGGCCGAAACUGCCUCUGCAGAGAAAGGUCGUACUGUGACGCCAAACACGCCUGAUUUAACCUCACUUCCCAUGAAACAGUAAACCCGUGUGAAUGAAUGCACUUCAAAUUGUCAGCCCCAGGCCCUGCUUGCCAUCGAGGCAAAAAAAUUCAAAGGAAAUUUUGUAGGAAAACGGGCUUCGUCCCUCCGCCAGCCCCCUCCGGGUCCCCAGCCCUGCUCGCUGGGGGCCACACAGAGCCACCCCAACCUGGGCAUGGUGGGGCUGGUGGAGGUUUGAAACCCAUCCCAUUUUCUUCUUUCCCCGCGGGGCGGAGGAGUAGGAAGGCACAGCGGUAUUUAAAAACAAGGCAAAAGGCACAACUAAAGGAUGAAGGUGCUUGUGGCUCCCUGUGAUGCUGCAGGGGGCGGGGAGGAGGUUUGGUGCUGGGGGGGGGGGGCACUUUGCAUUGGAGCUGCUGCCUCCGUCUUGCUUUGCUUUGCCUGGGGAAAAAUACCUCUCCAGGUGGAAGAGGCGACAGCGUGCUGGGAAUAAUCAGACCGUGCUAAUGGUAACAUGUCAUCCCAGAUGCAAGAAACUAUUUAAGGCUGGUUUUGUCUCUUAAAAAAAACAACGUAGUCUCUGCAUUUCCAUCCAUUUGUUCUUCAGCCAAAACGCCCCAACAGAGGGCUGAGGGCAUACAGCAAAACCGGGCAAUUACUGUAACCAGACCAGAGCUGAUUGAUAAAAGGUUUCUUAUUGUCUGAUACUGUAUCAGUAUGUAGCAAUAACUGUGAUACUACUAUUUUUUGUAUGUCCGUUUUUAAAUUCCGCAUAGGUGCGGAAGCGUUGCCAAAUCCCAUGGUUUACUUGUAAACAUGCCACACACAGGCGGUCUGCAGCGGGCAGAAAUGGUCUGACCACUGACACGGGAAAAUGAAUAGGUCAUUUAUCCCAGACCUGCCGUUCCCUGGCCGCGAUCGCCCAUUUGGACAAAAAGAUUGGCUUAGGGGACCCGGCUCCCCUGCCCAGCCAGGCUGGGCGGCUUCGGCAAAGCAGCGACCGGCUGCUGGGGGCGUUGGGUGGCUGCUCUGCUCAGCCCACACAGCUCAGGGCAUCUCCAAAGGCAGUACGUGCACGACAGCUGGGUGCUGCCAGGCUUUUGAAGGACCCAGCGUCCACUCGGGUCUCGUGGGGAUUGAGAUUUCUACCUGCCCACGUUGCAGGUCGGUCACACUGACCUUCCAAAGCUGGGUACGGGGGCUCGGAUGCCUUCAGCUGCUGGUGGCUUUGGCAGGAGCUGGAAGUGCUUGGCCCCAGGUGAGACGUGGCCGGACAACAAGCCCAUCCACCCAUUUGUGAUCUUGCCCAACUGCCUUGCACGUGCCCUGGCAAGGACACCUCCUCUGACCUAUGAAAUUCAGGUGAACCUCUUUGUAUAUUGUUUACUUGUUUAAAAAAAAAAAAAAAAGAAAAGAAAAGAAAAAAGAAUAAGUUAAAUUUAAGUCUGUAGAAAUUAAUUUACAACUGAAGGCGGAGACACCUGAGUUGUAAUAAAAGGAAGUUUGUGAGAUGUGGUGUUUUUUUUAAUGUCAUGUACAAUAAUGUAAAACCAAUGUUACCAUUUGAUAUAGCUUUUAAAUCUCUGGAAGGACACUUGCUUUAAAGUGUUUCUUACAAAUGAAGGAAAAAAAAAGCCCCCUUUGUUUCUUAAUAAAUACUUUAUGGUGUGA